AUUCGACUAUAUUCGGCCCAAUAACCCACCACUUUCCCUCCCCUAAAACGCUAAAAUUCAAUUUGGUCUCUCCCUAGUCGAGUGCAACCCUCACUGCUUCUCCGACGAGUUUUUCCGGCGUCAGCUUCUCCGACCAGUUCCUCACCGUCUCUUUCUCCGGUAAACUUUACUGCAGGAACGAGUAUGGCCAAGAAAAACAAGAGAAGGAGAAAUAAUGCGGCUGCAUCUAGUUCUGGAAGAGUACCUCAAGACAAUAAAACCCCAAAGGAACUAAUGGCUAAAGGUAAACUUGCAAAAAAAUCCAACUUAAACUCUGCACAAAUGAAAGAAGCUGACGCCACUCCACAGUCUCAAUCCAGAAACAUGGAGAAGAACAUAAAAGAUGGCAACCAAGGAAAUAAUGUUGAGGCCACUCCACGAUCUCAAUCCAGAAACAAGGAGAAGAACAUAAAAGAUGACAAUCAAGGAAAUAAUUUUGACAAAAAAGAUGCUAGGAAGUCCCUAAACAUAAAAAGUGGAAACAAAGGAAAGGGAAGUGCAAGUGAAAUGAGGGUAGAUGUGGAGGACGGAAAAGCUGACAAGGGUAUUGGUGGAGUGAUUUUCAUGUGUAAUGCAAAGACCAAAGAUGAUUGUUUUAAAUAUCAUGUGAUGGGUGUCUCAGCUAUGAAGAAAGACAUUAUUUUGGGAAUCAAACCUGGUGUCAAGCUUUAUCUCUUUGAUGUUGAUCUUAAGCUCAUGUAUGGUAUUUAUGAGGCUUCAUCUGCUGGUGGAAUGAAACUUGAACCAGCGGCAUUUGGUGGGGACUUCCCAGCGCAGGUUCGCUUCAGGAUUUACAAGGACUGCCUUCCAUUGACGGAGAAUUUGUUCAAGAGAGCAAUUCAAGAGAAUUAUGAUGAAAGGACUCACAAGUUCAAGACUGAGUUGACAUUUAAGCAGGUAGGGCAGUUGAAAAAGCUGUUUACGCCAGCACCAUGGCUACAUCCAACUUCCAAACAUUCUGUGUCAUAUCCAGUUAGUCUGCCCCCAUCAGCAGCACCUUUACCUAGCAAGGAACCUUCCAGGGAGCAUGUUGGAUUGCAAUACGGAAGAAGCAAAGCAGGUGAGAAUUUUUCAUCAUAUGGUCAUGAAAGGGAAAGGCAGCAGCAUGCAGGCCGCCUUAUCAUGCCUAGAGAGGUUGACAGUGAACCUCGUUUCCUCACUGAGAAAGAAUAUAGAAGCUAUGGUCUUCAAUCAGCAAAGCAUCCGCAGGCCUUUGCUUCUGCAGUAGUUGACCGCACAUUGGAUCAUUAUGAAUCUGAACAAGGAAGGGAACAUCUCCGAACAAAUCCCACUGGGAUUACUAGUGAUGCGGCUUUAGCACGAAAAGAAACUGUACUUACUGAACCUUUGUUUCCAAGCGAAAGGGAGUAUCGAACUUACGGCCUCAAGUUUCGCAGUGAAAUACCUGCUACUGUUGCUCCUGCUGUGGAAAGUGGUGCUACAGGAAUUUCAGCCACACCUACCAAUCAUAGUUUACUAAAUCAUGUUAAGGAUAAGUAUGAUCCUUAUGCCGAGAGUACUACCUCACUUGUAAACCGAUAUCUCUCUCUGCCUCGGACAGUGGUAGCACCUGUAGUGUCAUACUCUUCGACAGGCAGGGAGUCUUUUGUAAGUGACCCCUAUUCUGCAAUUGGCAUCAAAGGCCAUACGGGAAAAUUCCACGCUGAAAAUGAAGGAGCAUAUCCACCCACGGGAAGAUUCCACGCUGAAAAUGAAAGAGCAUAUCCACCAACGGGAAGAUUCCACACUGGAAAUGAAAGAGCAUAUCCACCAAUGGGGAGAUUCCACACUGAAAAUGAAAGAGCAUAUCCACCAACGGAGAGAUUCUACACUGAAAAUGAACGAGCAUACCCACCAACGGGGAGAUUCCACACUGAAAAUGAAAGAGCAAAUCCACCAACGGAGAGAUUCAACAGUGAAAAUGAAAGAGCAUAUCCACCAACGGAGAGAUUCAACAGUGAAAAUGAAAGAGCAUAUCCACCAAUGGGGAGAUUCCACACUGAAAAUGAAAGAGCAAAUCCACCAACGGAGAGAUUCAACAGUGAAAAUGAAAGAGCAUAUCCACCAACGGGAAGAUUCCACACUGGAAAUGAAAGAGCAUAUCCACCAAUGGGGAGAUUCCACACUGAAAAUGAAAGAGCAAAUCCACCAACGGAGAGAUUCAACAGUGAAAAUGAAAGAGCAUAUCCACCAACGGAGAGAUUCAACAGUGAAAAUGAAAGAGCAUAUCCACCAACGGAGAGAUUCAACAGUGAAAAUGAAAGAGCAUAUCCACCAACGGAGAGAUUCAACAGUGAAAAUGAAAGAGCAUAUCCACCAACGGAGAGAUUCAACAGUGAAAAUGAAAGAGCAUAUCCACCAACGGAGAGAUUCAACAGUGAAAAUGAAAGAGCAUAUCCACCAACGGAGAGAUUCAACAGUGAAAAUGAAAGAGCAUAUCCACCAACGGAGAGAUUCAACAGUGAAAAUGAAAGAGCAUAUCCGCCAACGGGGAGAUUCCACUCUGAAAAUGAAAGAGUAUAUCCAUCAACGGAGAGAUUCAGCAGUGAAAAUGAAAGAGCAUAUCCACUAACGGGGAGAUUCCACACUGAAAGUGAAAGAGCAUAUCCACCGACGUGGAGAUUAAACACUGAAAAUGAAAGAGCAUAUCCACCAUAUGCUCCUCAAUUACCACCAGAGUACGGCUUGAAAUAUCACCAUGUUAGGGAUGAGCCUAGGUACCCAGCUUUAGUCUCAUCUCGCUAUUCCCUUGGGGAACCAUCUGCACCUCGUCGCUAAACUUCUGCUAUCUGCAUCCCUCAAAUAUCUUCCAUGGCUCUGGUAAAGUUAUGCUUAUGAAACUGAUGAACUUUAGGCCCAGUUCAUCGACAAGGAACUUGCAUUUCUCAGAUGUGCUGAGGGCAAAGAUAAGGUCAAUUAUACAUGUCUUCUCUGGUGGGUUCUGGAUUAAAAAUAUUACAGACUGUAUUUCCCAUUUUCUUCCUGUACAAGGGGAGAAACGUAAUACCUGAAUCUUGACACCUUCCCUUUGGUGUUGUUUCUUAUAUUUGUUAUUUGUGACAUAAAGGAGAAACUUGAUGCUGUUGAUUUAUUUCGUGCAUUCUGAUGUUUAUUCAUGUGUAUUAGGGUCAUUAUUGUGUUAAGGAUGUAGAACAUAGCAUGUAUACUUGAGAUUCACAAUGUGCCAUCACUAUGGAUUACACUUCAUAGCGGAAUUGGCCGCUGCAUGAGGUUAUAUUGAUCUGUGACUUGUUUUUGAGCUUAA